CUUCGUUGGGGGGCAAGGUACAAAAAGAACUCAAUAAUUCCGGAGGACCCUAUGUAUAUCGAAUGCAUGGUCAAAAUUAUCACUUGAUGGGAAGCUUGCUACCAGUUGAUUCGAGCAAACCUAAGUUCUCACAGCUCUAUAUUUAUGACACGGAGAAUGAGAUACCGAACAGACUUCGUGCAUUAGAGAAAUCAGAAUCAUCAAAUGAGCUCGAUCCAGAAAUAGUUCAUGGCUUGAAAGAUAUGAUGGACCAACACAAUGAGUUGGCGAAGUGCUUUCGUUCUGCAAGGGAUAGAUUCCAAGAAGCACCACAAACAGAAUUCAAACUCAGGCUACUUUGUAACCGUGAAAGAGAUGGAAGAACAUAUAAUUUGCCCACUGCAUCUGAAGUGGCUGUUCUUAUAGUCGGAGAUUUGGAUAGUAUGUCUUCUCACCGUGAUAUUAUUUUGGAGCACAAAGAUUGCACUUUGCAACGCAUUAAUGAGCUCCAUCCUUCAUAUUUGGCCUUGCAAUAUCCCAUACUAUUUCCAUAUGGAGAAGAUGGGUAUAGAUUAGAGAUCAAGUAUAGACAAGUUGAAGGUAGAGAUGCUAUCAAACGGAAAGAUGUCACAAUGAGAGAAUUCUUUGCCUACAGGCUUCAACAAAGGGAUGUCGAAUUUAGUACAAUUCUAUCAUCACGAAGACUAUUUCAUCAAUUUAUUGUUGAUGCUUAUACGAUGAUAGAAAGUGAUCGCUUGAAGUAUGUCCGGCUAAAUCAAAAGAAGCUAAGAGCAGAUGUUUAUAAUGGGUUAACCGAUGCGGUUGUAAGAGGCGAAACAAACCCAAACACUCAAGGCAAAAGAAUUAUUUUACCAUCUUCUUUCACAGGAGGUGCAAGGUAUAUGAUACAAAAUUACCAAGAUGCCAUGGCGAUAGUCACACAAUUCGGAAACCCGGAUUUGUUCAUCACAUUUACGUGCAAUCCCAAAUGACCAGAAAUAGAGAGAGAAGUAAAAAAGGCGGGAGUGAGACCAGAAGAUCGGCCCGAUUUGGUUACAAGGGUCUUUAAGAUAAAGCUAAACAAUUUGAUAGCCGAUUUGAAAGAUCAGAAUAUAUUCGGCCAUCCAAGAGCAUUGGUCUACACGAUAGAAUUUCAAAAAAGGGGACUGUCGCAUGCCCAUAUUGUGUUGUUCUUACAACCAUAGUUCAAAC